CCGCUCAACGGGUUCCACCCUCUUUGCAGCCGAGACUAUAACGGUGAUGGCGGGCGGACAGUUUGGCUGGAUCUGGGCGGCUCUUCUCCAGCUCCUUCUUGGCGUAAACCUGAUGCCUCCUACCGAGGCCCGGACUCUGCGCUUCGUUACCUUGCUGUACCGACAUGGAGACCGGUCACCAGUGAAGACAUAUCCCAAGGACCCCUAUCAGGAAGAUGAAUGGCCCCAAGGGUUUGGUCAGCUAACCACGGAGGGGAUGCUACAGCACUGGGAGCUGGGCCAGGCCCUGCGGCAGCGCUACAGUGACUUUCUCAGCACCUCUUACCACCCGCAAGAGGUUUAUGUGCGAAGCACCGACUUCGACCGUACUCUCAUGAGUGCUGAGGCCAACCUGGCUGGACUCUUCCCUCCCAGUGGGAUACAACGCUUCAACCCAAAUAUCUCUUGGCAGCCUAUUCCUGUCCACACUGUGCCCAUCGCCGAGGACAGGCUGCUGAAGUUCCCAUUGGGCCCAUGUCCCCGUUACGAGCAGCUGCAGAACGAGACCCGGCAGACACCUGAGUAUAAGAAUGAGAGUAUUCAGAAUGCACAAUUUCUGGAUAUGGUGGCCAACGAGACAGGGCUCACGGACCUGACACUGGAGAACAUCUGGAACGUCUAUGACACACUCUUCUGUGAGAAAACACAUGGGCUGGUCCUGCCACCUUGGGCCUCACCCCAAAUCAUGCAGCGCCUGAGCCAGCUGAAGGAGUUCAGCUUCCGCUUCCUCUUCGGGAUCUACGGGCAGGAAGAGAAGGCCCGGCUUCAGGGGGGAGUCCUGCUGGCUCAGAUCCGGAAGAACCUGACACUGAUGGCCACCUCCACCCACCUCCCCAAGCUGCUGGUUUACUCCACGCACGAUACCACCCUGGUUGCUCUGCAAAUGGCACUGUAUGUCUACAGUGGCAAACAAGUCCCUUACGCCUCCUGCCACAUAUUCGAACUGUACCAGGAAGAUAAUGGGAAUUUCUCAGUGGAGAUGUACUUUCGGAACGAGAGCGACAAGGCCCCCUGGCCGCUGAGCCUGCCUGGCUGCCCUCACCGCUGCCCACUGCAGGACUUCCUUCGCCUCACAGAGCCCGUUGUGCCCAAGGACUGGCAGCAGGAGUGCCAGCUGGCGAGCGGUCCUGCAGACACAGAGGUGAUCGUGGCCUUGGCUGUAUGUGGCUCCAUCCUCUUCCUUCUCAUAGUGCUGCUACUCACCGUCCUCUUCCGGAUGCAGGCCCAGCCUCCUGGCUACCGCCACAUUGCCGAUGGGGAGGACCACGCCUGACAACCACUCAGCCCCCUUCCCUCUGCCUCCUAGGGGAGGUGGGCUUGGCCCUCAUUCUUGACUGUUGCUGCUCCCCAGCCCACGGACAGGAGACCCUGGGUUGGGCCUCCCUCUGAUUAUCCCAACCUAGAUGAACAAGUGGGACCCGGCUUGGCCCGUGGCAGCCGUCCCUCAGUAUCCAUGUGCCCAAUGUUUACGAAGUACUGUGUUGGAUACUGGCUCUCUCCAAAUAGGAUUUGCCUCCUCCAUGCUCCCUUAAGGAGUUGGAUGUAGAUAAGUGGUCAAGUUUCACCUGGGACCUGGGAUAAAAAAACUGAAGGAGUUGGUGCUUGAUCCGCCUUGCCCGGCCUCCCCAGUCAAGACCUGCUCUCUCUCUUCCAGCCCAGAGUCUUUGGCAAAUGGUUCAGAAGACACAGUCUUCCCUUGGUGCCUAGUUUACUGGGGAAAAACUACCUAACUUUGGGGGCACAAACACUGGCCACCAGGGAACCAGAUCACCCAGCAGCCAGCCAGUCAAGUUUCCCUUUAUCCAUCUGCAGCCACCAUUAGAGUCAGAUAUGCUGCCUGAGGCACCUCGGCCACCCCUGUAGCUGGAGUGGGUUGGGAGGGUGUCAGUACUGGGAGGGAGUCGGGGGGAGGUGGGUGGAGAGUGAACUGCAACAGUUGUGAACCUACUGCCCCCUCAGCUGGGCUGGGGUCCCCAGGGAUGUGAGGUAAGUGCAGUCUGUAGAGUGGACGACUGUUGACUGUGGCCCACAGACUGAGGAAAAUGAAAGUUUUGGACUCUU